AUGCUGCGGCAUUCAUCACGUACAGAUGGCAUUUCAGUGCCAAAUCCCAACCCACCUGUUCGACUCAAAAACCGAAUCAGCCAUACCAAAUCACGGAAUGGAUGCUACACGUGCAAGAGAAGGCGCGUAAAGUGUGAUGAAGAAAGACCGAUUUGUGGCGCCUGUGAGGUCCGCGGCAGUCAAUGCACCUUUCCAGACCCAGGGAGUACAAAGAAUAGACCCAGGCAUUCUACUCCUCGUGGUAAUCCUGAAUCCAGUCAAGAUUCAAUACCAGGGCAGCAUGAACAUGCAGCACCAAGGAGUGGUCAUGAGUUUGCUAUCAGCCCCCUGUCUUUCAACCUGGGUCGUUCCGGAACACCAGCCUAUGAAGGCCAAUCCGGAGGUCAUCUGAAUAUGAACGACUUGAAAUUGCUCCAACAUUAUAUCCUGCAUACGUCAAAGAAAAUGUCACUCACUCCCGGCAGAACGUUGGUGUGGACCUCUAUUUUCCCAGACAUAGCCGGCACAAACGAGUUUUUCAUGCACCUACUUCUGGCAUUGGCUGGUCUUGAUAUUCUAAGCGAAGGACCAGAAGUCUCUCGGAGCCAACAGAGUUUAUCUGAACCCCCCUCCCGGGAUCUCGAAUUGGCAAAACUAAGAUUGGUGAUCGAGCAUCACCAAUUAGGCCUCCAGGGGUUUCAGGAGGAGCUAUGCUCCACCAAUGACUCAAAUGCAGAGGCAUUGAUGACAGGAUCAAUGCUGAUAGUUGCAUUUGCAUUCGCAUCACUUCGAUUUGGAUAUAUGGGCUCUUCCCAAUCUUCACCAAGCAAUCCAUACAACGAUGCAGAUGUAACCAUGGGCGCCCAGAAACCACACACGCACUGGCUGCGUCUAGUGCGUGGCGUUGGUCUCAUUACACAGAAGCAUUGGAUGGCAGUAAAAAUGGGUCGGUGCAGAGCUUUGGUGCAGUACCAGAAUGCCAAUGAUGAUUGGAAGCUUUGUCGAUCUGAAUUGAAUGACCUCGUGCCUAUUUCUCUGGGAUCAAAGAUCUCGAAGUUCGCAUCCGGCGCUGGCACAGCAAUUUCUGAUCUGCGCAAUUUGUUACAUUCUCUGGAAGUCACCGCUGAGCAGUCCCCACUAAGCCCUGAGCAGAGCAAUAUUAUCAAGGAGCAACAUCAUGCACUCACUGUUUUUGAAGAAAUGCAUAUGCGUGUCCUAUAUGCGAUUCGGCUCCAGAGAAUUCCGUCGCGGCCAUCAUCAAAUCUCGAUGUUCAGGCAGAGAUCGAAGAAGCGGCUGUCACGUCAUGGCCGCAUCUGGUUUCUCAGGGAUUCAUCUCCUCGUUAGAGACCCAUGAUGACUUUGGAGUUACCGAUGGGGUCUCAUUCACGAUUUUGGCUCAUCUAUACUUGGUCCUUGCCAUCUUGGAGGGCACAUGGUAUCUCGGAGCUACCUUUGAUACGGAAAUUGGAAACAUCAAUACCUUCAUUUCUGGAUUGAAGGAUGCCCGGUUGGUAAAGUUGAUGGAAUGGCCGAUGUCAGUGAUUGAAAACCUGUAA